UGGGUUAGGGACAGAGCGCCAUCUGUUGACAAUGUGACGUAUAGUCUGAGGAUACUCUUCGCUAUUGAGAUCUGAUUGUAAGCAGCCACCUUCAAAGAGUUAAAGGACUACGUGCAUCACUUCAGAACAAUACUGUAUAGGCCUUCUGAUUGAAAAGUGGAAUUUAUUCUCAUCUCAAAUGGAAAGAUAUAAAUCAGCAUGUCGAACAACACUAACCUCAUGUUUAUUCCAAUUCCCUCUCCUAGACGACCAACAAUGCCAUCCACGACAGGUUAUAUUCGAUCGCUUGGGACAUCAAGGGGAGGAAGUAUGAGCAAGAGUGGGGAUUUUACGUCUCUGAGGACCGAUGAUAAGAGGAAAGAUGGCAAUAGUCCUGUUCGGCCGGCGUUGUGUCUCAAAGAUAUCACGAAAUUCGAUUUGAUGAGUCCAGUUGCAGUACAGCAACUGACCGGAAAUUUCCAAUCUUCCUUUUCCACGAUCACCGGUAAAGAGACGAGGAACAUCAAAAUGUUGAACUUACAAUUGCCAAAGAAUCCUUACGCAACUUUGCCUCGACUAGCACUGACUAAAAGGGAUGAUUGUAGAGACGUGGUACAGACGUCGAGUUUCACGCAUGGACUGACGAGAUCGCAUUCCGAACUGUCGCACUACAGAACGCGCGAUUCGCACCGCGCGUUACUGCAAGACAGACCGCACACCGAGAGCAGGCUUACGCGCAGGGCACAACAUGGUGGACCAGUGUUUUUCUCGAGCAGAGCGAGUACCAUAUCGGAGGAAAGCAGAGCACCUGUUGAUUCCGAAGUGUCGUCAACCUCCGGGGGCAUUAAGGAAACCGAGAAAAUAAACAAUCGUUUGGGAGAAUACCCUUUACAAACCGUUAAAUCGGGUACUUUUAAAGAUCUGGCCCCACUCCGUAGAGCGAAGAUGCGGUCUCAGACCAAACCGACUGCAUUCGGUUCUAAAAGAAUGCGGUCUGGUCAUGCGAACACGGCUGAAAAGGUGGCGAAUCUGGCAAUGAGUGCAUACACAGAGGUACACGCUAACAAUGGUGAAAUAAAUGGUCAGGUUUGGGGAGGAGAGAGUCCGGCGAGGAAUACACCCGAUGGAUCAAGACUAGUUCGUUUUAACACACAAAAUGACGUCUUUGAAUAUAUUCCUGGUCAAUGUUUAAGGUGAAUGAUGGACAAUUCCGUCCAAAAUGUUUAGUAAGGUUUCUUCUCCAAAAUAUUGGUGAUUUUUUUUUAUAAUAAAUAAUAUAGGAUUCGUAUAGCGCACAUGUCCACCUUGUUAGGUGCUCAUGGCGCUCCUAUAGAAGUUCCCAUUUUAGAAGUUUUACCCAGAUGACAUAUCUUUGGAAAUUGUUUACCCAACAGUCAUGACAGUGAUGUAUCUUUUGUUCUCACCGAACACAAAGUGUUUUUCGUAGAGAUGUAGUUGUAAUUCUUCAUUAUUGUCUUCAACUGUGUUCUCUUCAUCAACCCGGUCAGUCAUUAUUCACACAGAAGCCUAACAUGCACAUGUGCACCGAGAUUGUGAGAUAAUUCAGAGCCAGAAAUAAGCGGCAUAAUAAAAACUUGAGUACACAUUAUGAUAGGUGUCGGGUUGAUUAGGCGGGACGAGAAGUUAGAAACCUAAAGGUGUUGAGAACAUACACAAUAAUAAGAUUCCGUAUCUCAUGUUGUCGAUUACAGAAUGCAAGAUGCUGUAUUUCAGAGGCCGUAUUUCGUCAAUUAGACUUGAAUAGAACAGAAAAUAACAAAAUUCCCCAUCUCCUCGUGUCAACUUGGUGUUGACUAAAUGACAAGAAUAUAAGAUGUGAUUUCUACUCCUACUCAAGUCGACAUCAUGGGAACAAGAAUUUUAAAAAAUGACUAGAUGAUGAACCUUCUCAAGUUUAAAGGUAUUGUUUAACUUUGUGAGCAGCCGAUUUAAAAAAUUCUCAAACCAAGAUGAAACAUGUGUACAAGUGCAUGUAUUAGAACUAAUAAACCCUGAAAACAACCAUUAUUGAGAAUGAAAAGCUAAAACUACAAAGCAAACCCCGAUUUUGUUAAUGGGUGUCUAAUAGACGCCUAAAUGGUACACAUAAGUGUAUGGGAUGAAAUUAAGAUGGUGUUUUCGGUCACUUUAUAUUUCAAUUUUUGGAGCACUAAAUAAUUAUUUUCCAACGCAAUUUUUUUCUGGGCUUCAUUUUUGUAACAUAUCACAGACACAGGUGACAAGUGUGACAUUCUAGCUCAGAUUUUUUAAAAGUCAAAACAAUGUUAACCAAUCACUUUAAUUUAUGAAGUAUUAGUACACGAGAUAAAAAUCAGAUGAUAAAAUGUCGUAUCCCCUCAUAUCGAUUUGAUGAUGAAUUAAGUAUGAGAUGACAACGUCUCUCGUCUUGUUGAGUCGAUAUGAUGGAAAGUGCGCUAUACAAAUCUCAUGUAUUAUUAUUAUCUAUUAAAACAAGAAUCCAAGAUGCUGUAUCUCGCCAAGUCGAUUGGAAGAAGACGAGAGGGUGGGAUACCACAUCUCCUUAAGAUGACUUGAUGUUGACGAUUACGAUAGGUCGAGUCGAAGACAAACCGUAUGUCGACGAAUCGAUUCCAUGACAAAAAGACGAAACGACUGGCAGGGGGACUGGAUGAAGUGCUCCCUAAUCAGAAAUUUUAACUUAGUCAUUAAAGUGCUAAAUAUUCAAUUAGAAAUUAAGGAGAUAAAUUAUGCCAGUUUUUCGAAC